AUGGAUGACUUCGAGCUACGCUGCCCUGGUGGCAGUGCCAGCACGGUCGACUCCUGCUUUCCCUUCGACUGGUCCCCCGAGACCGUCACGACUAAUGCGACUACGCCCCCAAAGUCACCGUUUAAGCUCAGGGAGACGGGCCCAGCUCUACUUCCCAGAGUCAGAUGUCAGGAUCAAGUCAUUGAACCCGCGGUUCGACCAUCCUACUUUGCCCACAACCGGACAACAUCACUACCCGCCAAUAGCCUACCUCUGGUGUUCGGCGAAGCUCUGCCUACCUACCAGCCCACCAUCGAGAGACGGUCGGCAAGCCCACCGGGCCACAUUCCACACGCACCGCCGUUUGCAUCACCUUCGCCAUAUGGCCUCCUGAUGAAUGACCGAGCAAGUGCCCAUGUCCGACCAUCGCUCGCCAACAUGCGCUCUGUCUCCGCCUCUAAUAUCGGGAUGCACUCGCGGAACAACUCGUCCUCAAACAUCGAUGCGGCAAUGCUCAGCCGGUAUGGCUAUCCUACAUACCGCCAAAGCCCUACACCUCAGCCGGCCACAUACAGUGUGCCAAUGUCACGGACACCGAGUGCCAUGAGUCAUCUUGCACCAAUCGCUCUCCCGAGUGGCCACGUUCAGUCGUACCCACAGCGCAAACGAACAGCCAGCCCGCCAGCGAACCCUUCCCGGCUAUCUGUCGAGGUCGAGUAUAGCCCGGCUAUGGAUCUGGAGACAUCUUCCUUGCUCGAUUAUCUCACCGCGCCCAACCCGACGCCAUCUUUGACACAGCGAACUGUCGGGCUGGCUCGUGACCACCCCUACUUCUGGUUUGAUGUUCGCAAUGUCCAGCGCUGGGCCGAUUUCAACGUCUCCACCAUCGCCGCGCAGCCAAGCCUCUUGGAUCUACUUCAUAUGCCGGUUACUCUUCGGCAGCUCACCCAGCCGCGCAAAGUGACCACAUCUCCCGAAACUGUGCCUCAACUUGCGGAAGCGUGUGCACUCCACCAUGCUGUGAAAGUCAACGCGGCGCUCAAGGUAACCCAGGGCGACAAACACAUGGCCAUGCGCACCCUCCAAUGUGCCCCUGGUUCUCGCCGCGAGCAGCCUGAGUUCGUGUCAAGCUACCAGUCUGACAAGGAGAAGACUAUCUACAGAGACGGCCGUGGUCGCGUUGUCGGCAUAGUGCAGUCUCACGACCAAUGGAACUCCGGGCUUCGCUCAGGCGACGCAACGGACAAAGUUCGCUAUCAACAAACCCUCGCUAAGCUGCAUUACUUCAUGCGCGACCACGGCACACGCUAUGGCUUUAUCAUCACUGAGAUUGAGCUCGUUUGCAUACGCAUUGGCGGCCCGUUAACCGAAGCCAAGCCUCUCUUCGGAAUGAUGGAAAUCGCUACGCCCGUGGAGAUCGCCACGUCCGGUCUGCGUGAAGACGGUACUCUCAAGAUGACUGCAGGCUUGGCGCUGUGGUGGCUGCACAUGCUUGCCCGCGACCAGCCUUUUGAGGGGCAGCAUCACUGGAAGCUGGAUGUUGGGCCGCCGGGUGCGUUGAGUCGGCAGCAUCAUCUGCCGAAGAGGGACGAGUGGAUGCCGAAGCUGUCGCAAAAGGAGAAGAGGGCGGCGAAGAGGAUUCGAGGGUGGGUUUUACCGGAUGAGCCAUUGUCUAAGAGGGAGCAGGGGAAGGUGAGGAGAGGGAAGGCUGUAUAA